AUGGGCAGGUCGUCGCCUCCAUUCCUUUACGAUCGUCCAUCUACCUACACCUUCUAUGGCCCGACCGACUCGGGGUUCAACCCAAAAGCAGUGACGGAGGCAAGCCGGACUCGCGUGCCACCGAAACAGAAGCUCGAAGGGCCUUUGGUCAACAUUAAUCGACAUCCCGACUCGUGGGGCAGCUUUGAAUCCAAGUCGACGUGGAGUCCCAUGAGCCACAAAACAAAGGACAGAGUAAAAUAUGCGCGAGGAACACAGCUUGGAUUGCGUGUGGUUGCUCUACUGGGUGCACUUGGGUCUCUCUUUUGCUCCAUAGUCAUCAAAAAUGUUGCGGUGACUGCUAUUUGGAUCAUUCGGGCUGGACCAAUCGUCGCAAUUCUCCACACAAUCUAUGCUAUCUAUCAUCUUUGCCGCUCUCCGGUAAAUCGUCCUCCAGCUUCCCAGGCCAGCUAUGGACUCUUUGCCUCCACUCUCGAUGCGGGGCUAAUUCCGUUCUACGUGUUUACCGCUUUUAUGGCACAUGGAGAGUGGACCACCGAUGCCUACCAGUGGGGCACUCUAUUUGAAAAUAGCAAUGCGACGACGGAGGUAGCAGAGGCCACAUUUUUAUGUGCCUUGGUCAACGGCGGAUUGCAUCUCGUAUCGCUUUCCCUGUCGAUCUUUCUAGCCAUCAUCUUCCGGAAGAUCUCACAGCUACCUCCGGAUAUGAACCCGUUGGAAGACAAUCUAACUGCACGCCCCCGCAGGAGCCACAAAGGAGUCGAAAUAGAUGAGAAGCAUAUGAGUUCAUCUACGCUACAUUCAAAUCUGGAAGACCCUCUUAUCGGCCCACCUCGCUCAAUGCCAUUCAUGCACACGCGCGGCCAAUCUUUGGCUGGCAACUUCAACUCUGGUUCAAUGGACAUGACUGACAAGCGCCAGUCUCAGAUCUCAGCCCAAGCACAUCACUUGUCCUACAUGGAACCAUCGAGCCCGGAUAUGCUAUUCCACCAGCCACCCAGCCAGCCAUACGACAUCACCUCGCAGACUCCGGCUCCAGAAUAUGGAAAUGUCAGCAUGCACUCGCCAAAGUUUGUGAGCCCCAGUAUCCAAACACGCCAUCUGGAAUCUCGAACUGCGGACAGAUCGAACUCUGUAAGCCCCAUGUCGGAUAAUUGGGUUGCAUACUCGGAGCGGUCUCUUUCCCCCAUGAAUGAAGCCAACGAUAAGAAUGACAAUGCGCUCCGCCAGUCAUCUUCGGUGUAUAGUCGCCGGACUACUUCAACUGCCACCUCACAAGGUGGCAAUGGCAUUCGAGACUGGUUUUCAUACGGCCAAAAGCCCGCAAGCAUCGCAAGCGCGAUCCCAGAAGAUACCCGAGGAGAAUAUGCAUCACUAGCGAUGCACGAGUUCUAUGGAAAUGAUGAAGAGAAGCAUGAACAGGAUCUGGGUGACCGACGCUUCAACAUCUUCCCUGAUCCUGCAGAGCACGACCACGAUGACGAUGACGAGCCUUCUCACGGCCUCCCCUUUAACCCGCUAAUGCUAAACCCGCCAACCCCGCAACCUGUCCUCACCGAAGAAUCCGAAGAUACAGACCCAGUGCGACGCAGCGCAUUGGGGGAGAACCCGAGCAUCUUUAACUCAAAGGCCCAGGUCAUUGUACCCCGUGAAGAUGCCAAUUCCUCGCCAAGCAAGGGACGCUAUUAUGGUGACCUUGAAGAGGAGGGUAAGCCAGGCCUCGACCUGUCCCGCGAAAUCAGUCGUCAGGAGGAAAUGUCCCGCAAACCGACCAAGCUCUCAAAGAAACGCAACAAGAAGAUGGCGGCAUACCAAUCGCUCAAGAAAAACGACAGCGAUGACGAAGGUCACCUAGACUCCCAGGUUCCAUCUUCAAAUGACGUCGCCGAAGUGGACCGCAAGGGUCGUAUCGUGAGCAACUCUGGUGCCGACACCACGCGCCUUGGCCUUGUGGGCGGUGUUGGUGCGUCCUUAUCUUCAUAUGGCAGCUAUAUCGCCGGCCUGGGUGUAGGCCGACGUCGCGAUGUGAGCGGCAAAAUGGCCGAGGAAGGCCGAGGAGGCAAGCCGCUUGAAGAAAGCGCUCAUCAGAGUGAAAACCAGAAACCUGCACCUAUCCGGGCUGCAGGCUGGGCACGGUUUGCCGGUCUGUGA